UCACAAUCCCGCAUAAGAACAAUCCGCUUUACUUUUAUAAAGAAUAAAUCUAAUAUACAAAUUUUUAGGUACAAUUAUUCCGACGCUGAUAAAAGUACUACAAACAACAGAGUUGCUAUGAAAAAUCUGAACACAUCAAUAUCUGGGAAGGCGAAUGUAACCAUUGCCAUUACAAGUUUUCCGAUGAACUGUCUUUAAAAGACCUUGGAAUCUGUUCGUUUUGUGAGAUCAAGCUUGAUUCCGAAGAGGCCUUGUUGCGACACUAUCGCACCGCACAUUGCCACAUGAUUACUAAAUCAAAGGUGUGGAAGUGCAACCAAUGUGUCGAUUCUUACACCACUGAGGAAGAGGUGCAGAUACAUCUGAAGACAAUACAAAUUAAAUACGUGCGGAUCGUGGGUGAUUGAUUGCACUAAGGAAUUAUCACUCGCGUUCCUAUUUCUCUUAUAAUCGCCAAAGGAUGUUAGAGAAAUACUUCAGUAACUUGAGACGUUCUCGAAUCGACAGCUUCGUCAGUCUCAUGAGAAUACCAACCAUUCAGAAGAAAAGAAUCAAGAGACAACAGACACUGAACAAGUAACUGAGUCAAUCUGUGCUUCAAACGCUACAAUUUCUAGUGAUACAGUGAAGCAUAGAUUCUGUCUUGAGACGUUCUCGAAUCGACAGCUUCGUCAGUCACAUGAGAAUACCAGCCAUUCAGAAGAAAAGAAUCAAGAGACAACAGACACUGAACAAGUAACUUGGUCAAGCUGUGCUUCAAACGCUACAAUUUCUAGUGAUACAGUGACGUGUAGAUUCUGUCUUGAUACGUUCUCGAAUCGACAGUUUCGUCAGUCUCAUGAGAAUACCAACCAUUCAGAAGAAAAGAAUCAAGAGACAACAGACACUAAACAAGUAACUGAGUCAGGCUGUGCUUCAAACGCUACAAUUUCUAGUGAUACAGUGAAGCAUAGAUUCUGUCUUGAGACGUUCUCGAAUCGACAGCUUAGUCAGUCACAUGAGAAUACCAGCCAUUCAGAAGAAAAGAAUCAAGAGACAACAGACACUGAACAAGUAACUUGGUCAAGCUGUGCUUCAGACGCUACAAUUUCUAGUGAUACAGUGAAGUAUAGAUUCUGUCUUGAGACGUUCUCGAAUCGACAGCUUCGUCAGUCACAUGAGAAUACCAACCAUUACAAGAAAAGAAUCAAGAGACAACAGACACUAAACAAGUAACUGGGUCAAGCUGUGCUUCAAACGCUACAAUUUAUAGUGAUACAGUGAAGUGUAGAUUCUGUCUUGAGACGUUCCCGAAUCGACAGCUUCGUCAGUCACACGAGAAUACCAACCAUUCAGAAGAGAAGAAUCAAGAGACAACUGACACUAAACAAGUAACUGGGUCAAGCUGUGCUUCAAACGCUACAAUUUAUAGUGAUACAGUGAAGUGUAGAUUCUGUCUUGAGACGUUCUCGAAUCGACAGCUUCGUCAGUCUCAUGAGAAUACCAACCAUUCAGAAGAAAAGAAUCAAGAGACAACAGACACCGAACAAGUAACUGGGUCAAGCUGUGCUUCAAACGCUACAAUUUCUAAUGAUACAGUGAAGUAUAGAUUCUGUCUUGAGACGUUCUCGAAUCGACAGCUUCGUCAGUCUCAUGAUAAUACCAACCAUUUAGAAGGAAAGUAUAAAGAGAUAACAGACACUGAACAAGUAACUGGGUCAAGCUGUGCUUCAAACGCUACAAUUUCUAGUGAUACAGUGAAGUGUAGAUUCUGUCUUGAGACGUUCUCGAAUCGACAGCUUCGUCAGUCUCAUGAGAAUACCAACCAUUUAGAAGGAAAGAAUCAAGAGACAACAGACACUGAACAAGUAACUGGGUCAAGCUGUGCUUCAAACGCUACAAUUUCUAGUGAUACAGUGAAGUGUAGAUUCUAUCUUGAGACGUUCUCGAAUCGACAGCUUCGUCAGUCACACGAGAAUACCAACCAUUCAGAAGAAAAAAAUCAAGAGACAACAGACACUGAACAAGUAACUGGGUCAAGCUGUGCUUCAAACGCUACAAUUUCUAGUGAUACAGUGCAGUAUAGAUUCUGUCUUGAGACGUUCUCGAAUCGACAGCAUCGUCAGUCACAUGAGAAUACCAACCAUUCAGAAGAAAAUAAUCAAGAGACAACAGACACUGAACAAGUAACUGAGUCAAGCUGUACUUCAAACGCUACAAUUUCUAGUGAUACAGUGAAGUGUAGAUUCUGUCUUGAGACAUUCUCGAAUUGACAGCUUCGUCAGUCACAUGAGAAUACCAACCAUUACAAGAAAAGAAUCAAGAGACAACAUACACUGAACAAGUAACUGGGUCAAGCUGUGCUUCAAACGCUACAAUUUCUAGUGAUACAACAGUAAAGUGUAGAUUCUGUCUUGGGACGUUCUCGAAUCGACAGCUUCGUCAGUCUCAUGAAAAUACCAACCAUUCAGAAGAAAAGAAUCAAGAGACCGUCAACGUGGAACGUUAUUGCGGCAUGUUAACAGACUUUUUGUGGCCACAAUUGGAUCGAAUUGGUGCCGAUGAUCUUUGGUUUCAUCAAGGCGGAGCAACGGCUCACACAUCUCGCCAAACAAUCGUCUUAUUGCACGCGAAAUUUCAAGACCGCAUAAUUUCACGAAAUUCAGAUGUCAGUUCGCCCCCGAGAUCGUGCGAUUUAACUCCUCUAUUUUCUUUGGGGAUUUUUGAAAGGAAAAGUGUAUGCGAAUGGUCCCUGGACAAUUAAAGACCUAAAGCGCAAUAUUCGAACUGAAAUUGCGGCCAUAGACCCAAUUAUUCUGGGAAAAGUCAUUGAAAAUUUUCAUGUUCGGUUGUUGGCCUGUAAACGAAGCUGCGGUGGUCACAUGACUGAUGUUAUUUUUCAUAGAUAAAUCAAUAAAAAAAUUCGAUUUCACCUCGUAGAAAGCGUGUCGAUUUUUCAACUAGAAAAAAAAGUAAUAGAUGACGCACCCUGCUGUCUUAAAAGCUGAUGAAAAUACUCCAGAUUGAACGGAUUUGUUAAUUAUAUAAGCAAGUCGUUCUGUUAUUUGUGUGGCCAGCAUCUUCAGAUGUUCAGUUCUGAUUUCGUCAACUCCAGCGCUUUUUUUAUUUCCUAGAGUAAUAAUGGCAUACAAAACAUCCGGGCACUCUACGACAGAUAAUACAAAUGAAUUAUCCACUCUUAUUUAUUGCAGCUGAACGUCAGCAUUUUGUUUGAUAUUAUUUGGCAAGUUGUCUCCUAUAUUUGAGAAAAAUUCUUUGAACUCGUCACAUAUUUGCUGAAUAUUGUCUGUUUUCUGUCAUGUUUUUGCUUUUAUUUCAUUAAUAUUGUUUUUUAAAUCCUGAACUUCAAGAUUAGAACGUAAUAACUCUCCCCUGAAGAUGAUAACAUAGCGAAAAACGUGUUGAGUUAAAAAAGCCGGCCUUGUUUGUGAUGAUCUGAUGGUUUGUACCCGACAAGCUCGAGACACAGAAGAAACGAACUCUACUGAUUGACCCUGUAUUUUUUAUUGUUAAUAAAACUGUUCAUUAUUGUUACAUACCCAAAUUCCUGAAUCAGGUAGCUUCGCUCUUUAAACUUUUACUAACAUAUGAUUUUUUAGGUCUAAUGCUCUCAACAUUGGAGCUAGGAAAAAUAAUGUGAACUCUGAAACCGUGGCAGCAGUAGAGGAAGAAAUUGAUACCAAUGAUUUGAGAUCAAGCUUCACAGGAAAUGUUGAAACAGUAAUUAUAGAAGACGAAAUUGAAAUCAUCGCAAUGGAACAAUCUAGAGAAGCAGACGUCAAGAAUAGAAAAAGUAUAUGCACAAUAAACAAUAAAGUCCUAGCACCAAAUAAGUCAAUGCUAAAUGACAUAAGUCAGAAUAAGGAACCUGAAACACUAAAUAAAGCACUAGCUAAAAUGGAAAAAACGAUUGAGGUGGAUGUCGAAUCUGAAGGAACUAAAAUAAAACAACCAAGAAAGAAAACAACGAUAAAUGAGGACCUUGAAGUAUCAAAUAAAGCACUAAAUCUUAGUAAGUCAUCCGGUGUCAAAGGACUUAACGAGACAAACUUCGCAGGCACAGAAGCACAUGAUACAACAGAUGAAAUCAAACUCACUGAAGUGUUAUCAAGUAAAAUCGUGGUAUCUAAAGAUGAAACAUUUCAUGCGAAAAAAGAAGGAACCAAGCUAGUCGAAGAAGGUGUAACAAGUCAGAUGGCACAAGAUGUGCAUAUAGACGCUGAGGUUCAGGAAAGUCAGAAUAACGAAGAGCCCAAUUUUGAGAAAAAUAAAACCCCUGAAGAUCGAGGACUUUCCAGGGCAAGUGGCAAAGCAGACAAAGAUGAAAUUAGUGCGAGCAUCUUAACCUGUAAAACUUGCACAAAAACUUUUUCCAGCGAAGAUUCGCUGAAAUGUCACGCAAACGCAACGCAUGCACAAUACAAUUGCACCCACUGCCAGUACAUGUUCUUCGAUGAACAUUCCCUUCAAGAACAUUUCUCACAGAAACACAAAGAUAUUUGGACGUGCGCACUUUGCAAAACUAAUGUCGACUGUGAAGACGACUUGUUGCUGCAUUAUCGCAACUCACAUGCUCACAUCGUCAAUGAGUCCAAAGUUUGGAACUGUAAGAAAUGCAAUGGAUUCAUUACCAAUGAGAAAGAAAUCGAGAAGCAUUUGAUGAGCAAGCAUGCGUUCAAGGAUAACACCUGUCCAAUAUGCGAUAAAGGGUUUUUAGAAGAAAAUUUGGUGAUGGAUCACUUUAAAGAAAUUCAUAUUGCGACCAUAACCAAACCAUCUUGCGCAGUUUGCAAAUUGAUAUGUGCCAAUGAAAGUCAUUUGGUGCUUCACUAUCUGGAGAAGCAUAAAGACAGAGAUCAGCUUGAGUCCAAGGGAGUUGUAGGGAAAGCUCCAGAAAUAAUGGCACAGUCAGAUCCAUCAUCAUUAGAGGUUGUUCGUCUGAUACAAGCCAAAUACGAGGCUGAACUGACACCUUCUAACAAAAACAAAAAGUUUGAGUGCUUUAUAUGCUUGAUGAAGCUCAAACGAGACGUGGCGCUAGUUGCUCAUUUGAGAGAAAGUCACAAUUUGGAAGUUCUACCUCCAAAAGGAGAGGACAAGAGGUGGUUCCUUUGCCCCAAAUGUGACAAUAAAUACGACACAAAAGAAUUGGCGCAGCAGCAUGUCAGAAAAGAACAUGCUGAUAAUUUCAGAUGUAUGUCAUGUUUGUCGUACUUUGCUUACCAAGAACAUUUAAAGAAACAUGAAGAAAGUAGAUGCACAUUUUUUCAUCGUGAUGGGAUUUCAGAAGAAUACUCUUGCAGGUAUUGCGAGCGAAUAAUGCCUCAGAAACGACUGACUGCCCAUUUGACGAGAUGCUUGCUUAACGGAAGGCGGUGCACGUAUUGUUUAGACUUUUUCGAUAACGAGAACGACCUUGAUACUCACAUGAACAUCAGGCAUCCAGACCAAAUGAAAAAGCUGCAGCGGAGGAACGAGAGAAACGCUAAGCGUGUGUUUCCCUGUCCUAUGUGCAAAAAGAAAUUCACGUCACAAGAAGCUGUGAUCACCCAUGCUCAACCAAAACAUCCAGCAAUACAACUGGGUGAUGGUCCUUUCGUACCGUUGGAGUCGGUAGUCACAACCGAGUAUAACUAUUUCAAAUGUCUCUUUUGUUCACAUUCCAGACCAAAAAUAUCGUCUAUCGUCGUCCACAUCACGAAGGCUCACAAAAACGAUGCUUACAAGCUGUCGGAUUGUGUGACCUUGAAAUUGUAUAAUCAAGAGUCUGGAGAUUCUCCAAAUAAGUCGAGCAGCGGAUCAGGAAAAAAUAUCGGUGCUUCAAGCAACUCACCUUCCAAGAGUCUGGUUAUUGACAAUGGAACUCCACCUAGACCAAGCGUAGCUGCUGCAGAUAGUCUUAGCUUGAAAGGGGCUCAGAGUAUAGAGGAAGAUCUGUCCAGACAUCCUGAACAAGAGAAUGAGAUUUGGGAUGAUGAGACGCAAGAAGCAUUACAAGCGGUCUCUGAAUCUGUCCUAUGCCCAAUGUGCAAGAAAGACUGUGAAUCAAAAAAAGAUAUGUUGUACCAUGCUAGAAGACAUCAUCCUGCUAUAAGACUAGGAAAUUGCUCGCCAGUUCCGCUAAAGUCUCUCCUAGUAACUGAGUACGUGAAUGAGAAGCUCCAUCUCAGAUGUCCGUUCUGUCCAGAAUUUUUAAGAUUGUUACCAGAUGUUGUGGAUCACAUCAGGAAGGAACAUAGGUAUCAAGCAAACCAAAUGUCCAACUGUGUGACUCUGGGAUUGUACGAUCCAGAAGCCGAAGUUUCCUUACAUGAAGACGAUAACAGGUUUCAAGACUGUUCAAGUCCUGGACCAAGCAGUAGUUUCCAAGGACCUAGUUUGAGCAGUGAUUCUGGUGAAUGGUGCGGAUUCUGUUUCAAAUCUUUCGAAAACCAAGAACUUCGACGGUCUCAUGAGAAUAUGAAGCACCCAGAGCAAAUGCUGCAGCUUAAGAGGAAGGUAAUUCCGUCUGCGGAAAUACCUUGUCCGAUAUGCAAAAAGGCUUAUAAAACAAAGGAAGGCAUAUUUCAACACGCUAAAUCCAAUCACCCUGCUAUACAAUUGGGGAAUGAUCCCCCCGUUCCAUUGGAGUCGGUCCUUUUAACAGUAUAUAAAAACGAGAAGGCACUUCUUAAGUGUCCUUUUUGUAUAAAAUGCUUCAAGGUCAUGUCACUUGUUACUCAACACAUCAACCGAUCUCAUAAAGACAAAGGCCCAAUGUCCGAUUGUAUUACCUUGGGACUGUACGAAAAAGUACCUGGAGAUGUAGAUGACUUUUUUGCUGCAGAACCAGAGUCUGGUCCCACUCUGUGUCCAAUAUGCAAGAGAGCAUUCAAAUCAAACCAGACACUCAAGAUUCAUGCCUUAGACAAACAUCCAGCGGUUAAACUACGAAGUGGUUCUGCAGUUCCUUUAGAAUCAUCCAUUACAACUAAGUCUGAAGCAGGAAAAAUUUAUUACGAAUGCCCCUUUUGUAUUCUUAAGUAUCCAAAAAAAGACGUUGUCAAGGGGCACAUCCUCAAGCAACAUGAGGAUCAGGUAUUCGAUUGUGUAUCGUUGGGGCUGUAUGAAGAACAAUCCGAGGAAGACUAUCGUGUGACUACAUGCCCUAUAUGCGGUAUGAACUUCAACUCAGAAGCACGUUUGAUAGACCAUGCCAAAACAAUACACCCUGCAAUACGUCUGGAAGAUGGCUCAGUACUUCCAUUAGAGGAAGCCAUCGAUGUUGAGUAUAUAGACAGGAAGAUUUUUUACCAUUGUCCUUUUUGUAACCAUAGAUCACGUUCUCGUAGAUUGAGGGAUAUUACGACACACAUUUACUCCGCACACAGGGAUCGCAAACAUCAGAUGCUUGAUUGUGUUUCUAUAGGAAUGUUUGACGAAGACCAUGAAAUGGCUUCUCAUCACUCAGUAAGAAAUGUAUCUGAUGAGGAUACUGCUCGCGAUCCCACGUUUAUAAGUUACCAACAGGAUUUCGGUCAUGAGAUCUCAUCAGAUAUAAGUAAUCAAGCCUCUGGAAAGGAGUACGAUGAUAUUGAGGCACCAAGAAGUACGUCCAACUUGAGGGCAGGAGUCUUAACAAGUGUCAGAGGCAGCGGUAUAUCAAGAUCGGGGUCACCAGAUGUAAGACGUUACCAAAAGUACUAUGAUCUCGGGGAACCAAUAAAUAGAGAAUACAGAAGUGACAAAGUCUUGACAAAUUUCAGAGGUGUAUCCAGAUUACCAGAUAUGAGAGAGCAAAACUUUGGAGCCGAGAGGCAUUACUAUGGUUUUGAGGAAUCGAGAUAUAGGGACGUCAGGUAUGAGGAAGUCUUGGCAAAUGUCCCGGGUCGCAGUACAUCGAGAUCUAGGUCACCAGAUGCAAGUGAGCAACAUUUUGGAGCCGAAAGACAUUACGGAGAGUACUAUGGUCCUGAUGCAACCAGAAUUGGAGACAAUAGAUGUAAAAAAUUCUUGGCAAGUGUCAGAGGUCGAAGCGUAUCGAGACCAAGGUCAUCGGACACGGCUGGUGAAACUUUUGGAGUGGGAAGAAGCUAUAAAGAGAAUCACUUGAGGUAUACAAAAAUAGGAAUUAGAGGAGAUGAACCCGACUUCAAUCAGUUCGAGACUGAAGAUGUGGCGAGUAACUGGUUUAGUAGACCUGGACCGAGCACGGAGGUCUUUGAUAUGGCGAGAGACUACAAACAAGAUGAGCGUAGGUUCUGCGAUGAACGUAGAUAUUUCGAUAGUGAGGAAGCCAGGAUCAAGACUUUUAAUGAUGGAAGAGAAAGAAGCCUUCCCCAAUUAAUGGCUUCUAGAGUAUCAAGUGCAGAUAGAGAGGAAAUGUUUAAAUGUCACGUUUGUGGAAGCGUUUACCUGUCUUACCCUGCGUUUGACAUGCAUAUGAAGAUUAAUCAUAAAAGGGAAUAUGUAGCAACUGGUGAUGCUGCAAUAAGAGAUCAAAGACAUCCCAGAAAAAACAGAAAGUGGCAUGGUAAACGCUAGUCGUCACGAAGCUUCGUAAUGUAGAUUUGAUUUCUUUAUAAAAAUAUAAAUGGUUUUUUGGGAUUGAUCCAGUACAUCAUUUGUUUUUUUUUUGGUAUAUUUGGCACAACAUUUCGCUAAAUUUUGAUGAUUUAUGUUUUGUUCUUCUUUUAAAUAAAUCUUUUAUAGCAGCAAAUUAUGUAUCAUGUGAGAUUGUUAGAUUGUAGAUUACAUUUAAUGGAGAUCAGAGAAUUGACCAUCUAUUAUUUUCCUUCAUAACUAAGGAAAAAAGUGUUGUUAAUGUUACUUUUUGAGAUGUUGUCUGUCACAUGUUUAACUACGAAGGCUGUUACAUACUCGGUUCAUACGUGGUUAAGGAAUAUGUUAUUUUGUUUUGGUUAGUGUUAGAGUUAAGUUUAAGUUUUUGUAGGUAUAGCAAGAUUGAAAUUGUUAUUCGCUAAUAAAAUCAUUGCCAAAAG